UCAAUUCAAUAAAAUUGAUGGCGACAGUGUAGAUCGCUUACCAUAAUUUUUCUGUUCGAUAAAACUUCCUUUUUCUCCCAAAAUCAGUGGUCACUUGAAAAUUAAAGCCUCCCUCUCCCAAAUAUAGUAUUUCAGCAUAUAAAAUGUCUGAAGAAAGGGAGCGUGAACAAGACCGGUUGGCCGAUAGUUGGCUGAAAAGUUGGGAGGAUCAGUGCGUUUCUGAGUUCGAGAAUCAACCCAACAUGGAGGACAGAGCCCAGCUGGAUCGAGAAGAAUCUUCACAAAAACUGUGGCUUCUAUUUCAGAAUUCAGCUAGUUCUGUUGCUCAGCUGUACAAAGAUCGCCACAACCAGUUUGAUGAGGGCAUUUCAUUGUGGGUCCCAUUCCAAAAUGCCGCAGGCAGUGUGACCCAUUUAUAUAGAGAUAGCACAGACUGCAUGAGGAGAGCUUUUGAGAUUGGAAUUCAGUGUGGACACCAGAGGAGAACUAAAGACUUACUCCAAUGGGCUAAAAAACGUAGACGUCAUAUCAGAAGGGAGGAUCUAAUUGCCUAUCUUUGUGGUAAAAAUCCGCCUCGCCACAGGCCAAGUGCUACAUUAUCGAAACCACCUUCUAGGACUAAUCUUGACAGGUCAUCUCCCAUGCGCCCACCUUCGGGACAUCUACAUGUAGAGCAAGGAGAAGAACCAGAUCUACAACCGUUCAGAGAGGCGUUAGCUUUACAAGGUCUGAAUGGAGCCAUGUCAAAUAUUAGUGUUAGAACAGGCAGUCAUGGCAAUGUACAAGACUUAGUACGUAAUGAACGAGACAGCGACUUGGACUGUUUUAUAAUGAAUGAAUUCUCACGUAAUUGUGAACGCAAAAGACCGUCGUCUCCCACUGAUGUGAUAAUGGACUCGCCAACGAGGAAGAGAAGUCGACUGUUUUGAUGGAACUCUUCCACGAGAUCUUGCUUUCUGUGUCUGGAUUUAAAUCAGUGUUAAGGCUUUUUACACAUUCAAGGACAUUGUAUAAAAUGUUACGCCUGAACUUGCAAGAAAUAUAUGUUUUGUAACAACGUGUACCAUAUUAAAGUCGAUGGGCCACUUACAUUGUAUCAUUAUAAGGAAUGACACGGCCCUUUUUUUUAAAACUCUGCUCACAGCAACACGUAACACAUGAUACUUUCCUUCGUAUUUUUUUCAAUUCUUGAUGUGACAUGAAAUACAGCAGAAUGACGUCGGGCAAAAAAGGUCUUCAAAAUACGUCCAUGAUUCUUCAAGGCUUACAUUUUUUGUUCCACAAGUGCAUUUUAUUUUUUUUGUGACCUGUAGUGAGCAGUUCAUCGUUAGUGCAAAAGAUAUGUUCUGUGAUAACAGUCUUAUUUCAUGUACAUUUGUAACAGUACUAGGUAAUGGCUAAAAUACAUAUAAUCAAUAUGUGUGACCAUUCAUGUAUUUACAGAUCACCAUUAUAAGAAAAAUAAAUAAAAUUAACUACAUUGUAGAUUUGCAAACGGCUGUAAGUUUGUUGAAUCACAAAUGUACAUGUACAGGUAUGUCAUACAUCAUCAUAGUGUACAUGUAAACAGCUGUAUUUCAAAUACCCUUGAUUUUAAUGGUGUUGGGAUGUUAACCUGUCUAGGUUUCAAAUGGGUCAGGUUGGCAUGAUUAAACUUCUGGUUAACUGGGGAAAUCACUGGCUGUUCUGGAGAUUCACUGUUUUGAUAUAAUUAAGCCGGUUAAAGGGUGCCUGACCAAGUCCUAAAUUUUAUCUGUAAUAGGCAGCACCCUCCACUGGUCACAGUAAUUCAUGGGGUUAAAGUAUGGUCAGUUCCAGAAAAUGAGUUCCUGACAUUGCAGAGUGAAGGUCAAUUUGAAUGCCAUACUUUCAACGAGAGCAGAAUAAGAAUGCUUCAGCAGGUUGUUCAUUGAGUUGAGUUUGGCCAAUACUGUUAUGAUUCCUUUAGUUAGUAUUGUCUUUCAUUUUGAUUACUCAAACCAGCCAAACGGGUGUGUGUACUUGUGAAAUAGAGUACCUGUAGUUAAAAUGGUGACUCUGGAAUUAUAAAAUUUAUGGCAUUCUGUCGCUUGGAUGGACAAUCGCCACACUAUGAAUUAGGGUUUUAAGAAGGGUUAACUGUACAAAGAUGAUGUUGUACAUAACACUCUUUCGUCUUGUCCUAUCUGUAAUGACGUGUGCUAUCUUUUAUUAUUUACUUGUUUAGUUGUACACUCGGGAAUGUCCAAGGAGAGUUGGGGGGGGGGGGCAUACCAUGUUAUUAAAUGCUGUAGGUUAAGUACCUUCAGUCAGAGAUUUUGUUCAUAUGUAGAAUUCCAGUCAACAUUAGAAGAAAAAAAGUACCGAAUGUCGGCAGUCGUGUAAGGGAACUUGAUUUGGGAUCUAGCCCUUCCAUGUAAUAAAUACAGAGAACAACUAUGCCAAGGACUAGCCAUCCCCCAGUUUACCUUGCAGUUACAGAGUUCCUGUAUGUAGGGCAGUUCUGGGAUGCAUCGGAAAAUGUUCUCAUACAUUAUUCUACCAACUGUUUGCGUACACUAGUGGAUCACAUACAUGUAUGUCUUGUGCCAUCUGCACCUCGUGCUGGCUUGGCAGUAACCAUCUUUAUUUAUGGCAUGGGGCUCACUGUUUAAUUUCACUGCUUUUGUUAACCAUCUCUCUACCUCUAAAAGAUAUGAGCAAGUAAAGUUUGAUAACUGCAAGCAAGGGAAAGCUGGCAAUACUAAAAGUUAGCGACUUGCUCAUUUUCAGUUAGCAGUAGACCAAAUUUGCAAUUGCUGCCAAAAUCGAAUAAUAAAACGCAUUGGGUUCGAGAUGAUCUUUAUUAUUUAGGGGAUAUUUAUUCAUCUGUGUUCAUAAAACCUUGAACAAGUUCCUUUUUCGGUAUUUUUUUGAAAGUCUGCAGAAAAACCUGUGAAAAUAAUCGUAAUUCUAAGUAAGACAGCUAGAAAGAAUCCCUGGCUGUCUUCAAGUUUCAACAUUACAUUGUGUUUUACUAGUAAUUGAUAAGUGCUCUUCAACCUAGUCUAGUCAACUUGGGGCUGGCUGUGCUGGAAAGUCGGGUGAAAACAUACAUUGUAUUGCUGUGUUAAGUUCAGGAAAAACUUGAAUAAAUGGAAAAGAAAAAUUCAUUAAAGACAGUUUCAUUUUUAGCUUAAAAAAUAAACAUUGCUACAUUUGGAUCCCCUUUCAAAAACUAGAUUUUCCUUGUUUCCUUAAAGAAAAAUACUGUCAUUAUGAAUUUGUAGUCCUUUUUGCUUUCUUGUGGAGAUGAUUGUGAUGUCUGUUGUAUGACAAUGAAUUCAGUGUGAUCUUUGAGGUGGUCAUGUAUGCACAAACCUGUCCUUCUGGCCUGUACAUAGAUCAGUUUUGCAUACAUAAGGAUAAAAUAUUCAAAUUCAAUCCUUCGUAUUGUAUACUUGUACAUGUACAUGUACUUCAUGGAAGCAGAGAAGUGGAGUUUUGCCGUAGCCUCCCUGAUUUUUCGCUCUGCUUGCAUGUGUAGAGGCAUGUGCAGAAACAUUCUGUCAAUUAUACAUGUAGAACUCAUUAGUGCCCAACCAGCAGCAAAUUGGGCUAUGUGGUUACAGUGGGAUGCCAAGAGUCCGAGGCCCAGGGGCAAAUUUUUAGUGCCUGCAGACAAAUUAUUGAAGCGCCACGCAAACAAGUGAGUUUUGUCAUUGCGACCUACGGUCAUGAUCUCGUGCAACAAAAAUGUUUUUUUUGCAGUGGUCAUCCCAGGUGUCGGCGACUAGAAUUGGUGAUUUGCAACUUGUAAUCAACAUCAAACCAAUUGAUUGACAGUUUUUCUCAAAGACGACAUAUCUUCUUAAUUUUAUUGCAAGUUGCGUCGACAAGAAGUGCUGGCUUGCCAAGGGCUUGAGUUACAGACAGUGUAGGAGAAUGGUGCAUUUUGGCUGUACGUGUGAUAACUCGGCGGGUGAAUAUAUGGGGGGGGGGGGCAUCAUUCAGUGCUCCCGCUGAUAUUCUCUAUAUAUCCAUGUACAGUAUUUGAUGAUAAUGUAGCCUCAAUUGGUGAAAUAAACAAAUUCUUAAUGAAGUAAA